CGGUCCAUCAAUUGCUAAAAUCCAUCUGCCGCUCUGCAACUUGUACAGUCCUUUUGCUCCUUUCUUUCCACAGAAAAUAUCAUAAUCCACAUCACCCCCAUGGCCCCCGUCUCCACACGACAUGACAAUGAAAGCUUCUGAAUUUCCAUUUUUAUGUUCACUUGGAGGUGUUCUUCUCCAUAGAUUGGAGGCAAAGUUGGCUUAAAAUAUCCAGAAAAGAAUACGAAGAGCAAGAAGAAGAUGAAGGGUGAAGGAGAGACUCAUGAUAUUGUCAUCAUCGGUGGCGGCAUCUGUGGGCUCGCCACUGCCCUAGCACUUCACCGGAAGGGCUUUAAAAGCCUGGUUUUGGAGAGGUCUGAUGAACUAAGAACAACUGGGGGUGCCAUCUCUAUAUUUAUGAAUGGUUGGUAUGCGCUUGACCAACUUGGUGUGGGAGAGGAGCUCCGUUCAAAGGCUAUCCUUAUAAAAGAGAUAAGGGAUGCUUGGCUGUUCAAAGAGGAAGCAAAGGUAACACCAUGCAGUAAAGAAGGACUGCAUUGUUUAAAAAGGAGUGAUCUUGUUGAAACAUUGGCUGCUACUCUCCCAGCUGAGUCAAUUCGCUUUAGUUGCAGAGUGGUAGCAAUGGAGGUUGAUCCAAUUACAUCUUUUCCCAUUAUUCAUGCUAGUGAUGGGCUCAUCAUCAAAGCUAAGAUUUUAGUUGGCUGUGAUGGAUCAAAUUCAGUUGUGGCAAAAAAAUUAGGCCUGAAGUCCCCAAAGAUAUCACCCAUUUGCGAGGCGAGAGGCUUCACAAAUUAUCCGAAUGGCCAUAGUUUUGGUGAUCAAUUUCUGCAUCUAUGGGGCAACAAUUUCUUGCUUGGAAGGGUUCCUGUUAAUGACAAGCUAGUUUUCUGGUUUGUGGAUCAUAAAUUCAAUCAAAGAGAUAUAGAAGCAAGGGAAGAUCCCAAACUAAUCAGAGAACUAACCUCGGAGCGCCUUCAAGGUUCCCCCAAAGACGUGAUCGACAUGAUCACAAACUGCGAAACAGACACAUUAACCCUCACACGCAUCAGAUACCGUGCGCCAUGGCACAUUCUAUUCGGUAAAAUGCAAAAAGGAACAACAACGCUUGCGGGGGACUCAUUACAUGUGAUGGACCCUUCAAUUGGCCAAGGAGGCUCUGCAGCCAUAGAAGAUGCGGUGGUCCUCGCUAGAUGCUUGGGAAGAGAGCUCCAACCGCAUCAAAUAGCCGCAUGCGGCUGCCGCGAACUGAAGAGGAAAGCUGAAGCCGCCAUUAACAAGUAUGUUAGGGAACGAAGGGUAAGGAUAAUGAGCCUAUCAAUGCGCGCGUUUCUAAUUGGUUCCAUGUCUGCAACCUCUUCCUGGGUGAAGAGGAUGGUAUUUGGUGUUUUGUUAGUUCUGAUGUCGGGUAAGAACUCGCAUGGCCAUGCGCACUUUGACUGUGGUCAUCUCUGAACUUUUGUGGAAAAAAGUGAUUUUUGGCUGAA